UCUUUUUUUUUCAUUUUUUUUCUUAAAAAAAAGAACGCAUAUUUGCUUUAAUUAUAUUGUAAAUAUCUUUUGUUGAUUGUAUUUGUUUUCCCUUUUUUUUUUCCUUUAUAAAAAAAGCAUAAAAAAAAAAAAAUUUUUUUUUAUACUUUUAUUUACUAUGAACAUUCAAGAUUACAUUCCACCUAAAGAAGAACAGCCUGUUCAUCAUUACGUAGAAGUUUCAUCAGAUCGAUUAAGUAUGCCUUCAAGUUCUGAUUAUAAACCUACAUCUUCAAUUCCUACCAUCUUGCCAACAGUAGUCGAAGAAGAAUAUAAUUCAAUAACUGGAGCAGCUAUUGGGUCACCCAUUAUUACCCCGGCUAAAGAUGAAUCAAUGGCAUCUUCUUCUUCACAAGAACAACAAGAAAUAAAUGAAAAUAGCUUAAAUCCUGCUUUAUUAUUAAAUAGAUAUGAUAAACGUAAAAGUAGUCCUGCUAUUUUAGGUUUACCCUUUGGCUUAAAUCAUGAAGCUCAACUGAGUUUACAUCUAUCACAGCAAAGAAAUUCUAUUGAAGCAGCUAUGUUACUAGCUAAUUUCAAUAAAUUAAUGGCCUUUCCAAAAAAUAAUGAAGUUGAUCAUAAAGUUCAUUCACAGCAACAACAAUGGCAGGAUGAUAUGUCAAUUCCUUCACAAAAUAAAACACCUUGGGAUGAUGCUUUAGAAAGUGUAGCAGCAGAAUCAAAUCGACGUUAUUCUUAUGAUGUAAAUAUGAGUUGGCAAACAAUGCCUGACACCUUUUUAGAAAGACAUGAUCUUUUACAUAAUAUGUCUUCUACAUCAAAUUAUAAAAUGAAUGGUGAUGAUGAUACUCAUCGUAUAACACCCUCUUCUUCUUCUUCAAGUUCCAAGUCUAAUUCACUUUUAUUUAAACAAGAUAAUUUAUUAAAUCCUACAACGACAAAGUUAAGUUGGAGUCAUGAUGAUUUACAAUCUCAGCCACAACAGCCUCAUUAUCACCAUCCUCAUCUUACUUCUCAGCAUCCUUAUAAUACAGCAGGAACAUUAGAACAACCACCACAACCACCACCCCAUAGACUUUAUCAUCCUACUAUGAGUUCUUCUUUAGGUCCACAUACUACUACAUAUCAUUCUCGUUAUCCUCCUUUACAACAAGAUCAUCCUUCAUCUAAUAUUCCUAUGUUACACCCACUUGCUCGUCAAUCUGAUGUUACCAAUAAUAGUGCUAUGAAACGUGACUUUGAUAUUCAUCCUUAUUAUUCAUAUACUUUCCCUCCUCAACAUCCUAUACAACAACAACAGCAGCAACAACGUUAUUAUUAUUCUAACCAUGGUAAAUUACCAUUACCAACCCAUCAGCCCUCUAUGGACCCUCAUCAUCACCCUCAUCAUCUACAACAACAACAGCAACAACAACAACAACAACAACAACAACCACAUCCAUUGCAGUCACAAAUACAUCAUCCACCUCCAAUUAUGGCUAAACCUAAACGUAAAAAGCAAAAAACAAAUAUGAAUAAUACAGAUGAAUAUGGUGAAGAAAUUGAACAAGCAGCAAAUGAAGAGGAUUAUCCAGAUAUGUCUACACGUGAUAUUGAAGCAGCACGGAAAGAUCCUGAAGCAAGACCACGUAAACAAAAACUUCGUUUUAUAGGAGAUAAAUAUACUCCUCAAUGGGUUAGAUACAAUGGCCAAUUAAAAGAGGGAUUAUGCGACACUUGUAAACCUGGCAAAUGGUUACAGCUCAAAAAUAGUGCUUACUGGUAUCAUAAACAAUUCUUUCAUGGUAUUUCAUCUGUUUCUGGUAAAGAGUUUGUACAACCUAUUGAAACACGUUGGAUUGAUCAAGAUUUAGUGGAAGGUUUAUGUCAUCAAUGUCAUACGUGGGUAGCUGUAAGUAAUAUUAAAAGAAAGAAUAGUGUUCUUUGGUACCGACAUGCACAUAAGUGUCAUGUUUAUCAUAAACCAAAACCAAAUGUACCAAAGAAGCGAUAAAAUGUAUAUAGAAUUUAUUAAGGGGGGGAGGGGAAAAAAUUAUUAUUAUUAUUAUUAUUAUUAUUAUAAUUAUUACAAACAGGUUUAGUUAUCCUGAUUAUAUAAUACACAACUUUAUUUAUUUUUAACCCCCCCUUUUUUUUAUCUCUUCCAUACAACAAAAAGAACUAUAUACGA